AGACAGCUCCUGUGUCUGUCUGUGAGCCUCUUCUUCCACCCCCACACACACACACACUGAGGACACCACUGGGUGUGUGUGAGAGAGCGACACAGAGUGUGUCGAAACUUUCUGUGCUGGAUCUUUAAUCCCUUUCAUCCCCAACUCCAGCGACGAGCCUCGUUAAGCCUCUCCUCCUCGCCUCACUGGGAAGACGACAUGACAGACGCAGCAACCAACAUGCGGCUGAAGCUGCCGAUCACCUGCUUCAUCCUGCAGAUCAUCCUCAUCAUCCUCUUCGGCGCAGUGGUGAAGUAUGACCAUGAGACGGAUGCAAAGGCGUGGCAUAACAUGACAGAGUCCGGUCAUUCUAACUAUGACAAUGACUUCUACUACCGCUACCCAAGUUUCCAGGAUGUGCACGUGAUGAUCUUCGUCGGUUUCGGCUUCCUCAUGACCUUCCUGCAGCGAUACGGCUUCAGCAGCGUGGGCUUCAACUUUGUGAUCGCAGCCUUGGCUCUGCAGUGGGCAACGCUCAUGCAGGGCUUCCUCCACGGUCUGCAUGGAGGCAAGAUCGAGAUUGGAGUGGAGAGUAUGAUCAAUGCUGAUUUCUGCACCGGCUCCGUGCUCAUCUCAUUCGGAGCUGUUCUGGGUAAAACCAGCCCGGUCCAGCUGCUGAUCAUGGCGAUGUUCGAGGUCACGCUGUUUGCUGUCAAUGAGUUCAUCCUGCUGUCUGCUCUGGGGGCCAAGGACGCUGGAGGCUCCAUGACCAUCCACACAUUUGGAGCCUACUUUGGCCUGAUGGUGACUCGAAUCCUGUACCGGCCCAACCUGGACAAGAGCAAGCACAAGAACAGCUCAGUCUACCACUCUGACCUGUUCGCUAUGAUUGGUACCCUCUACCUGUGGAUGUUCUGGCCCAGUUUUAACUCUGCCAUCACAGCUCACGGAGACGACCAGCACCGCACAGCCCUGAACACCUACUACUCCCUGGCAGCCUGCACUCUCUCCACCUACGCCAUGUCUUCCCUCACAGCACACGAUGGCAAGCUGGACAUGGUUCACAUCCAAAAUGCUGCCCUGGCCGGAGGAGUCGCAGCGGGAACAGCUGGGGAAAUGAUGCUGACGCCUUUUGGCUCCAUGAUUGUCGGGUUCUUGGCCGGGAUCAUCUCUGUUCUGGGCUUCAAGUACCUCUCACCCAUCCUGGAGGAAAAACUGAAGAUUCAGGACACCUGCGGGGUUCACAACCUGCACGGCAUGCCCGGCGUCCUGGGCGCCAUUGUGGGAGCGGUCACCGCUGCUUUGGCAACCAGAGACAUUUAUGGAGACGGUUUGAAGGACGUGUUCCCUGAUGUGGCUAAAGGAGACGUUGAAGCUUCUUUCCAGGGUGUCCGUCAGGCCAUUUCCCUCGCCGUCACCCUGGGCAUCGCCCUGCUGGGAGGACUUAUUGUCGGCUUCAUUUUGAAGCUGCCCGUCUUCGGCGCUCCUCCCGACACUCUCUGCUUCGAGGACGACGUCUACUGGGAGGUACCUGGAGACGAGGCGGGUCACGAGGACCAGCUGACCACUGUGAGGACGGAGGAGUCUGAGAAGCUCAACAGUUAGAUACUCACACACACACACACACACAGACAGAACCACGCACACACACUCUGAGGUUUUAACAUCCUAGCACUUGAGUAUUACACCUUUAUAGGUCAUAAAAGAAAAAAGCUGCCAAAUGUCUGUUUUUAUGUGUAAAGACAAAGUCUCAUCUUUUAUCCUGAAGAGAAAUAAAAUCCCAUUUAAAAAGGUUAUUGAGAGGUUUGACCACUAGAGGACGAUGUGGAGCCACAGGCCUGUGAGGUGAUGAGUCUAUUGGAUGAAAAAUGCUGUCUAACUGUCCCCUGAACCAGGCCUGGACACGGUUACAGAGUUUAACUUCCCACAGCCAGUUCACACCAAAGACAGAGCCACGAAGCAUUUAACAGAAACUGGCUGGGGUUUUAAAACAUUUUCAUAAGAAACCAAUUAUGUUUUUAUUCUGAAAAAAGGAUUUUCAUGCAAAACAAUGCAUGAACAUAAUGAUGUUCAUUUUUUAAAUGUAUGUUAUCUCCUCAUAGUUUAGGUUUGGGAUUUCCUGUGAUUUUAUUUUUCAUAUUAAACUGUGUAUAAUGAGUUAGAAUAGCUCCAGUUAUGUAUCUUGACCUUCAGACUAAAUUCAUUUGUGUUUUUUAGAUUGGCCGAAUGCAUUCACUGUUUAGAACAGUUUUCUGUGAAUUGGGCAAAAUAAAUUGUUCAAAUGUCCCAUGUUGCAUCAUUUAAUAUUCCACAUUAAACUGUAUGUAUUUUAUAAUAAUGAGAAAAAUGACGUUAUCAGGAAAGAAUCGAUGAUUUCUUACCUCAGUCUGUUACUGUUCAGGCUUUUAGAAUGAUUCAGUAAUUUUAUCAAAUUUAGCAGAGAGACAAGUGGCAAUGCAAUCAAGUCUCUGCUUGUUAUGAUGAAGGCCAGUCGUCAUUAGUCCUUUUUUUUUCUUCAAGGCUUAAUGACUGUGUAGCAAUCAUGGUAGAAGGGGUUAAUGCCUCCAAUCCAGACAGGGUUUGUCUCUGCGUAAUUAACACACUUUCACUUUCGGGGAUCAAACAGCCAGAAAAGCGAGAGUCCUUGUUAGAUAUGGUCUCCUCAGGGCCUGAGUAUGAGGGGUGAUUAAUGCCACUGAGGCGGAGGAAGAGGAGGAGGCAUCUUCAUCAACAAAUAAGUCCUUUAAAAGCUUUGUCUCGUGGUAUCAGAAUUAUUAUUAUUAUUAUUAUUAUUAUUAAUUAUAAUUAUUCCUUCACUAAUCUCCUCGCACAUUAACCUGUUGAAUAGUAGUUUAAUAAGUUUUUCUUCUGUUCUGAUUCCUCACCUUUGUUUCCUUAUCUCUUAUCGUAAUGUUUGUCGUUGUUUGUGACAUGUUUGUCUUUAUUGUCACGUGUCUCUGCUCUCAUUGGACCACAGUGAGUAAAUAAAGGUAGAAUGCAUGAA